GAUCUUGUGGCGAUCGGAGCGCAGUCUAUUGCGAUCGUUAUCACUUACAAAUUUCCAGCUCGAAUUGUGACCAUAACCGGUUAAAAACAAUUUAUUUAUUGGCGGCCUGUUUGCCUUUUUAAUUCAGCCUUUUUGUUGUGAAUUUGCUAUCGUUUUGUAAAGAUUAUCUAGACGAUCAGCGUGUGUCCAAAUAGGGCAAAACGACGCAUUAAAUAUGUUCUUUUUAAACGAUUUUUUUGAUUAGCAUUUAUGGUUUAGCGAGAAUUAUAGAAUAAGAUUUUUCAUGUGACUUGUCCUUAAGUGAUUGAUAGAAUUAACUCAGAAAAGCAUACAAAAAUUUGUUGUGAAGGAAAAUACGUUUAUAAACAUACAUACUUGUCGAGUGUUUCUAAUUUCUGAUCUCAUCUCAAAAUGUUCGACAGAAAAAAAUUAAUUGCCUAAUAAGUUUCUAUUGGCCUUACAUUUGGUAGUGAAAGUCUGAAUUUAUGCAUUAUUAAAUAUGCUUUGACUUGGCAAUCUAUACAGCUGGCUAGUUGGUGUCUGUCACCCUAUCAAUUUUAUCCUGAAUCCUAUAAUCAACUGACAUGGCGGAGUACAGUCGGGAGCCUUGUCCCUUUCGCAUAGUAGAGGAUUGUGGUGGAGCCUUCGGAAUGGGUGCCCUGGGCGGAGGAGUCUUCCAGGCGAUCAAGGGUUUCCGGAACGCUCCCUCCGGCCUGAAAUACCGGUUAAGCGGAGGAUUGGCGGCGGUACGAGCUCGAUCCGGCUUGGUGGGAGGUAACUUUGCGGUAUGGGGCGCAACCUUUAGCGCCAUCGACUGUUCACUGGUUCACUUCCGGAAGAAGGAGGAUCCGUGGAACGCUAUAAUUAGUGGUGCGACCACCGGGGGCAUUCUCGCUGCUCGAACUGGACUAACCUCUAUGCUAAGUAGUGCUUUGGUGGGCGGAGCGCUUCUGGCCCUUAUAGAGGGCGUGGGCAUUGCGGCGUCCCGUUAUUCGGCGUAUUCCUACCGCCAGGUGUCGCCCGUAGAGCGACAGGACUUGCAUAAGCAGGAGUUUUUACGGCAGCAUAGUGGCGAUUCUUCUUUUGUAGCGAAUUAUGGACCGGUAAGUGAAAUCUCCUGCUCAGUAAUAGCCCUUUUUCCACCACUCGCACUCUUUUAUUUAUAGAUUGAUUCUUCGGCAUUGUAGAAUUCUUCGCUGCGUCAUCGCCUAGUCGUCGUUAUCCAUCCGCGAACGUGGAUCGACGAUUGCAUACCAAUUUAUAAAAGAUUGCUUUGAUUGUUGAAAUCUGAUACUGGCGGCAUUCCCAUUUCAAUUUAAAUUCAAUUGUCGUACAGUGCAAGUUUUAGAAUCAUUAAUAUAUUUUUUUCUUCGUUUAUUGUUAGGUUCGGCACAUUUAUAUCCACAGUCUGAAGUCCAGCCGAAGUAUUGUGGCUUUUUGAGAGGCGCGUGUGCUUCAAAGCUCCAUAAUUGAAAUUCCAUAUUUAUUCAGGGCUUCCUCCUCCAAAGUUCCUUGGAUCAAGCCUGAAGUUGGCCAGCAAGAAUAAUUUCAGUACCGCCUUGAUAAAUGAUCAGAUUGGCUCCUUUAUGGAUGAGCAAGGCUUUCGCACCUAAGCAUUAAUAUAUCUGGAUAUUCUACUUUAUAA